CACUAUCGAUUAGUGGUUUUCCCUGGUUUACAGCUUCUGUAGUGGUGCUUCUUCUCUGCUUUGCUGCUUCCCACUCUCCAUAAAAACAUCAUCUUUCCUACCAUUCUUCUCCCCUUCUAAAUCUCAAAUCUCUUCCUUUUGUAAAUUAUUUGAGGGGUGCAAGUUUUCUGCAAGUGGGUAUUUCGACGUCUCAUCGUUCAAGACUUGGAAAGCACCCAAAGUCAAGAUCGAAAUGCUGGAAUUUAAGACGAUAAAGAAGAAAAUGUGGGCAUUUUCCCAUUGAUUUUACUUCCCCAGUUCUUAUUGUGUUUCUUUUGUGCGUAAUGGAAAGUAUGAGAAGAAGCACAACAUGGAGAUUUAGUGGAGGUAUAGAAGAGGUCUUGCGUCGUCGAAGGUUGUUCUUUUGGCCUUCUCCUACCAAUCGUCCACCUGGUUCUUUGUUACUUCUUCUUUGGGUUUCUUAAGAUCUCUCUACUGGGUUGAUUGAUUAGCUUAAAAUUAAGAUCGAUAUGGCCUGGAUUAAUUCACGCGAUGCUUAUUCUACUGAUUUUCCAAGAUUCUUUGAUGGGUUCUCUCAGUCAUAUUCGCAGCAAUCUGGGAUGCGGACCGUGAUGGGUCGAGGUGGGUCUUCUUCGUUGGUUCUGGAUAGUGAGAAGGGGGAGCUCGUCAAGGCUCCAACGAGAUUGGGGCAGAAGACUAUUCCUGAAGCCAAAGCCCUUGCGGCCUUGAAAAGCCAUAGCGAGGCCGAAAGAAGGCGUAGGGAGAGGAUUAAUGCCCAUCUCGCUACUCUUCGGAAGCUUGUCCCCUGUUCAGAAAAGACGGACAAGGCAACAUUGCUAGCAGAGGUGAUUAGUAAUGUUAAGGAGUUGAAGAGAAAUGCAAUUGAAGCUAGUAAAGGUUUUGUGAUCCCAAUGGAUGUGGAUGAGGUGAGAGUUGAAGCUAAAUAUCAUGAGGAUGAUGGGUCAUCAUCAUCUUCAGGACACCACCCUUUUUGUAUCCAAGCAACUCUGUGUUGUGAUUAUCGUCCAGAGCUUCUCACUGAUCUGAGACAAACACUUGAGGCACUCCAUUUGAAGACUAUGAGUGCAGAGAUCUCAACCUUGGGAUGCAGAGUGAAGAAUGUCUUAGUAUUAAUGACUAGUAGCUCCAUAGAAGGGAGUACUGCUGAGAAUGCUGAAGUGAGAAACUUCCUUGCAACUUCUGUUCAUCAGGCUCUGAGGAAUGUCCUUGACAGGGCUUCCGGGGCCUCGCCGGAAUUGAUCUCACCACCAGGAAUUACUACACUUCCAAACAAGCGGCGAAGGCUUUCACAUAUUGAUUCUUUGACUUCAUGUUCAUGAGAGCUGAGCUGAGCUCUUGAUAGGAAGUAAAUAUAUGGUUCUGUUCAUCUUCUAUAUGUAGUUUUUAUGUCUAUAUGGAUUUGAUGAUAUGAGCUUUGAUACAUAUACCAGAUGUGUUCUCUGCUACAUAAAGCUUAUAAUAUGUAAAGGAAAAGCUUGCUUGCUUGUUGAUUGUGAACAUGGUGAACUUCCUCUGAUAAUAACAAAGAACUGGGAUGGUCUGUGGCUCUGUGCUCAGGCUUGGGCUCUA